GGAGAACACGCCAUUAGGGGCUAGCUUGGUUGUCAUCCGGGUCUUUGGCUCCUUCCCGGACUACUAAACCUGGCCGCCGUUUCUCGUCGUCGUGCGUGUGCUUGUUGCUAGGAUGCGAAGCUGUGUCUGCCAGGAUUGCUGAUAAAUGAACUCAGUGUAACCUGUUCAGCAAACUGGUUAACUGGACCCAGCCUCUCAUCCGGAUUAGCGUGCGUGGGAUUGCAGCCCUAACCUGAUUGAGUGUGGCUUUCUUCAAAAGAGGCAUAGUUUUCCGUAGUGUAAUUGGAUUGAUGCCGCCCCUCCCAUAGCCUGCCUGCCUGCCUGCCUGCCUCUUUUGGUGGGAGAAAGAGAUGACAUCGCGGGUUGUCCUGCUUAUUUCUUCCCUUCCUUAUCGGUGAGAGGAAGAAAGUAAGGUCAUGUUCCCUAAUGUGGUAUGAAUGAGAGGGACUCCACUAUACAUCUGCCACAAUCCUUUUGUUUGCCAGUUGCAAAGGCAAGAACAGGAAGAUGGGAAACAGUGCCUUAAAAGCACAUUUGGAGACAGCCCAAAAAACAGGAGUAUUCCAAUUAACAGGAAAAGGCCUUUCUGAGUUUCCUGAAGAUCUGCAGAAGUUGGCAAGUAAUCUCAGAACGAUAGAUUUAUCCAACAAUAAGCUUGAAUCACUCCCACCUUUUAUAGGAAAGUUCUCUGUAUUGAAAAGUCUUGCUUUAAAUCACAACAAACUGACUGCAUUACCUGAGGAACUCUGCAAGCUGAAAAAGCUGGAGAUUCUGCAUCUGAACAAUAACCAAUUGACACGUUUACCUAGUAGCUUUGGACAACUUGCAGCACUAAAGACUCUGAGCCUUUCCGGAAACAAGCUUCAAACUAUACCUGUUCAGCUAGGUAGUCUUCAUCAUAUAGAUGUGGUGGAUCUCUCCAGAAACCAAAUCCAGAGUAUUCCAGACACAGUUGGAGAGCUGCAGGCUAUUGAACUGAACUUAAAUCAGAACCAGAUUUCCCAGAUCUCCUCACAGAUCUCUCAUUGUCCACGCCUCAAAGUUCUGCGUCUUGAAGAAAACUGCCUAGAACUAAGUGUACUUCCUCAGAGUAUUCUUAGUGAUUCUCAGAUCUCUCUACUUGCUGUAGAGGGUAAUCUUUUUGAGAUCAAGAAACUCAGAGAAUUGGAUGGAUAUGACAAGUAUAUGGACAGAUUCACCGCUACAAAGAAAAAAUUUGCCUGAAUUGCUGCGUCAGCUUUAUCUCUUGAAUGAAACGGCAACAAGAAAUGUGACUGAUGUAUGGAUCCAAAAUGCAACUAGCCUGUUGGGAGAAUGACAUUCAAGCCUUUAUAUAAAGGCAAGAGAACAGUGGCCUGUUGGUUUCAAAAUACCUUAAUAGCUUAGAUAUAACAAAAUGAAUCCCAGAAUUGGUGAACUUGGAUAUAAUGCUUAACAUCCACUUGUUAAGUCUCCAUCUUCAGGGAUUAUUAAGAAAAUUACAAAAUGAUCUGAGCUGAAGAGGUUUUAUGAGAGUUCCUGACAGCUUCAUAUGUAGGAGGCAGAGUAGAUGGAGAUAAUGGCUGUGUGUACAGGAUCAACAGCCAGGAGAGUCACUAAUUCAAUACCAGAUUCACUCCGCAAUGCAAAGUCCAUCUCUUGGCUUUAAAUAUUUUAUAGUGUAUGUAGGGCUGGCCAUUUAAAAUCAUGUAUAUUUGAAGCACAAAUUGUGGAUGAGCUGAUAUUGGUUUAACAUAUAUAAUCAAAAAUAGCUGUCCUAAUUCACAU